AUGGGCACUGGACGGCAGGCGCAUGCAGACGGCAGGCGUGAGCUGCCACUCGAGGCGCGACCGGGCUGCGCUGCGCUGGAACGGAGAGUGGCGUCCUCCACCUCCCGCACCUCCACCACCACCAACCCAACAAACGAUACUGGUGGUAGGGCCGCAGCACUGCUCGUGCUCGGCAGGGGAAAUAUGCCGCCGGGCGUCGGUGCGCCGUGCGCCAACACCAACAGCGGCUCCGUUUCUGGCUGUGGAAGUGUGGCCGCGAUCCGGCAUCGAGUGGGCAAUGCCCUGUUGCGCGUCCGGCCGCUCCGCCCAGCGCGUCCGGACCCCAAAAUAGCCGCCGGCCCGCCGCCCACCCUGGGAGGCUGGGACUCAACUCAACGCCCCCGAUCGCCUCCGUCUCCCAAUCCCGAGCCGCCCGUGCGCCCGUCCGCCGCGGCCACCACCCGCUCCGCCCGCCCCUCCUCGUCACCAGCGGCGGCACCACCCCUCUGCUCCGCCACCGCGUUCACGCGCUCCCGUCGCUGUCGGCCCCGCUCCCCUAUUUAUAUCCCCACCCCCAUCCCACCUCCACGCUUUCCUUAG